AUGGCAGCGUGCUCAGCACAGGAGCAGGGCCAGCGGCCUCGCUGUGUGCCCAUGUCCCACAGAGCCAGCGGCCUCACUGUGCCCAUGUCCAUGUCCCACAGAGCCAGCGGCCUGGCUGUGUGCCCAUGUCCCACAGAGCCAGCGGCCUCGCUGUGUGCCCAUGUCCAUGUCCCACAGAGCCAGCGGCCUCACUGUGCCCAUGUCCCACAGAGCCAGCGGCCUCACUGUGUGCCCAUGUCCGACAGAGCCAGCGGCCUCGCUGUGUGCCCAUGUCCGACAGAGCCAGCGGCCUCGCUGUGUGCCCAUGUCCGUGUCCCACAGAGCCAGCGGCCUCACUGUGUGCCCAUGUCCGUGUCCCACAGAGCCAGCGGCCUCGCUGUGUGCCCAUGUCCAUGUCCCACAGAGCCAGCGGCCUCGCUGUGUGCCCAUGUCCCACAGAGCCAGCGGCCUCACUGUGCCCAUGUCCCACAGCGCCAGCGGCCUCACUGUGCCCAUGUCCGUGUCCCACAGAGCCAGCGGCCUCGCUGUGUGCCCAUGUCCCACAGAGUCAGCGGCCUCGCCGUGCCUGUGCCCGUGUCCUGCUGGGCCGUGUGCCAAGGGCCUGGGCAGGCAGGAGCCGCUGUCGGGAUGGAAGCCAAGCUCCAGGCCGUGUGGGCUGCUGGGAUAGCACAGGAUACUGGGGAGGAGCUGGGCAGAGUCCGACUGGCGCCCUGCGACUGGAGGCACCACCAGCCCCACAUUCCCAUUUCAGUGGCAACUCCCAUUGGACAGCAGAUCCACCAGGAGGUGCAGGACUACUAUGGCAAAGAGCUGCAGAAGUCAGAGGACCUCAAAACCAAUGCGUGCAUCACCUCAGCCAGGCCCAUUUCCAAGCUGGUGAGAGAUGCUCUGGAGCGCAUCCAUGAGGAGGUGGUGGCCAGGUACUACGGCUGUGGUCUGGUGAUCCCUGAGUGCCUGACAUCGUGCUGGAUUCUGGACCUGGGCAGCGGCAGCGGCAGGGACUGCUACCUGCUGAGCCAGCUGGUUGGGGAGCAGGGCCACGUCACCGGCAUAGAUAUGACCGAGGGCCAAGUUGAGGUGGCCAAGAAGCACAUUGCCUACCAUACGGAUAAGUUUGGCUACCGAAAGCCGAAUGUGGAGUUCUUCCAUGGUUACAUGGAGAAGCUGGGUGAUGCCGGACUGGCUGACGAGAGCUACAAUAUUGUCAUCUCCAACUGUGUGAUCAACCUUGCCCCUGACAAGAGGGCUGUGCUGCAGGAGGCCUUUCGUGUGCUGAAGCCCGGGGGAGAGAUGUACUUCAGUGACGUCUACGCCAGCCAGCGCCUGAGCGAGACCAUCCGGAAGCACCGGGUGCUGUGGGGAGAAUGCCUGGCAGGAGCCCUGUACUGGAGAGACCUGUACAGCAUUGCUGAGGAGGUGGGGUUCAGCCCCCCGUGCCUGGUCACCGCCAGCCCCAUCACCAUUGGCGACAAGGAGCUGGAGGGCAUUGUCGGCGACUGCCGCUUUGUUUCCGCGACUUACCGCCUGUUCAAGGUGCCGGCUGGCAGCCAGACCGGGCCAGCACAGGUCACCUACAAUGGCGGCAUCGUGGGGCACGAGCGAGAGCUGGUGUUUGAUGCCAACUUCACCUUCAAGGAAGGAGAGGUGGUGAACGUGGAUGCUGAGAUGGCUGCGAUCUUGCAGAGCUCCAGGUUUGCAGAGAAGUUCCUGAUCCGAGCUGGUGGAGCCAACGCUGCAGCACCACAGGGCUGCUGUAGCAAGGGAGUGAAGGAGAAGAUCUGUGAUCCCUUCCAGCUGCUGGAGUGGCUGAGAGCCCCAGGUCCUGCCAGGUGUCCUGGUGGCACCUGUUGUCCCCAGGGUGCUGCUCAGUCUUAAGUGGUGUCCCUACACCCCUGUUGGAAGUCAGUGGAGUGAGAGGCCUUGGCCCCAGUGAUGCCUCCCACCAGAGAGCAAAUAAACACAUGUCUGAGCUCAAA